CUUAUGUAUAUCGAAGCAUAUUCAGCAGGAUUAGUAUAGAGGUUGGCACUGGUCUAUGUGCUCUGUUUGCACAGCAUAUGCUGAUCGAACCACAUGCUCGCAGUCAAUGAGCCGCCGAGACUGAACUAGUGGCGUUGAUGUUGGCGUCAGCACCCAGGUCUUCACAAUUCAUCAUCACGAAUCAGCAGCCACCAUGCGAGUGCGUAAUGUAGCCCUCCACCAGCGUGGGAAGAGGGUCAAAGGGACUUUGACGCUUGAAAACUUUCACCUGACCUUCACAUUUGCGCCGGAUGACGGAAACGGCAUUGCUAGCAGUCAAGGCGAACAUGACAGGCACGCUUCGGGGCAGCAUUCUGCACUUCCGGACGCUGGUAAAGAAAGUUCUAACAACCAUGUCGAAGCGGCAUCGACACCUAAGACAAAUGUGAGUAAAGAUGCCAGUCUGCGCCGCAAGGCCAAGACGAAAACGAUAUGGAUAGGGUACCCGAUGAUCAACUCCUGUGUCCUCCGGCCAAGUCAUUUGCGAAGUCACGCCGGGACCAACGUAACGGUCAAUGGAGACGCUCAUGGCUGGAAUGAGGCAGACGAUGCUUUUCCGCCUAGCUUUGGGACUGGCGGGUAUGGGAGGCCUUCUGUGGACUCUGCUCGCCUUGCACCGUACUCAGCGUCGCCGCAGCGACCAGCUUCGCCGGCUACUUCAUUCGUGGAGGACGGUCACGGUGCGGACAGUGGACGCUCACCAGCCAUUCGUAUCAGGUGUCGAGACUUCCAAAUGAUGGCUUUGCACUUCUAUCCUACCCCAGAUGGGAGAAGUCCUGACGACAUGGCGAGGGAGGUCUUUUUCGCGUUGCGCAGCAAAUGUUGUGUCGACAAAGUGGAAGAUAUGCUUGCAUUUCACUUUCAGCCUCCGGUCGAGGAAGCAGCGGUAGAGAUACCAGAGUACGACGCGCGGAAAGAGUUCGCCCGUAUGGGCAUUGGCGGUAAAGCACCAGAGGGGCCAGGGAGCGCAUGGCGAGUAAGCGACAUUAACGAGCAGUAUGCGUUCUCCGCCACCUACCCUAGCCUACUCUGCACGCCGCGGAACGUGAGCGACAACAUGCUGAAGUACGGCGGACUCUUCCGGUCACGCGCGCGCAUACCUGCGUUGACCUACCUGCACUUCAACGGCGGGAGUAUUACAAGGUCUUCACAGCCUUUGGUGGGCGUUCAAGGCAAGAGGAACCCGCAAGAUGAACGUCUUGUCUCCGCUAUCUUCUCGAGUCACACGCCGCCCCUUGAGGCCUCCUCGCAUGACCCUCAACAAGAGCCGUCACUGACAUCUGCCUCGACCACCACACUAGACUCCACUGCUUCUGGUUCAACGGGCGAUGCAGAAGUGCCUGGCCUAAAGUCGAGCCAAAGCGAAAGUGUACUUGAUGAGGCCGCAGCAGAUGCUUCACAGCUAUUGAAGCGCAAAGUCUACGGUAGUACGCGGCACAACCUCAUUGUCGAUGCCAGGCCGAGAAUCAAUGCGCUUGCCAACCGAGCUACUGGAGGCGGUAUAGAGGACGUGUCGAACUACUAUGGUCCCGCGGAUGUGCCAGUGGAGCGAGUCUUUCUGAAUAUACAGAAUAUUCACGUCAUGCGAUCCUCUCUAGAGAAGGUUGUCGAGAGCUUCGAAAGCUCGGACUACACUACCCUGGCUCCUGAUCAGGAGCUGUUACGGAAGUCUGGAUGGCUCGGCCAUAUUGCAGGCCUGCUUGAGGGCGCCGAGCUCGUGGCUAGAGCUGUCGGUCUUGCAGGAAGUCACGCCCUGAUCCACUGUUCAGAUGGCUGGGACCGUACCUCGCAGGUAGCUGCACUCGCCCAGGUUUUGCUCGACCCACAUUAUAGGACACUCAAUGGUUUCAUAACGCUGGUGCAGAAAGACUUCCUCGCCUUUGGACACAAGUUCAGAGACCGCAACGGCAUCGGCGGGUCUGAGAAAUGGUUUGAGAUUGAGAACGAGCGCAUCGCUCCAUCAAGAGCGCGUGACGCAGCGGGCUCGGAGAGCAGCAGUCUCAACGCGAUUGGUGUGAAAGCUCUAUCCGGGGCAAAGAGUUGGUUCGAGAAGAACCGAGCCAGCCUGUUCCGGCAGCAGAAUCCUGGGGUCGACAGCACCAAUGAUGCGUUGUCUCGACCAGCUUCGCCACCUCCGAAUCCACUCAUACACUCUCCGCCCACUGCCUCAGGCAAGGACGAGAAGGAACAUCACACGAGUGAAAAAGAGAUCGCACCUAUCUUUCACCAGUUUCUGGAUGCUGUGUUCCAAUUGCAGAGGCAAUAUCCUACGGCAUUCCAAUUCAACGAGCUGUUCUUGCGAAGACUGCUCUACCAAGUAUAUGCGGGCCAGUAUGGAGAGUUCCUUUUCAACAACGAGAAAGAGCGCUCGGCGCAGCAGGGCAAGGUGCCGUCAGUCUGGAUACACUUCCUCUCGCGGCGUGGCGACUUCAUUCACCACGACUUUGCGCCUGAAGACAAGGACACGCUGCUCUUGCCCAAACGAGAUCAGAAUAUGCAGAUUGAGGUGCGCUGGUGGAGCCGACUCUUCCAGAGGAACGACAACGAGAUGAACCUACCGCGAGCGCUAGCGCCUGCCGACCCACCGUCGUUCAACGCACAGCCCUCGAGCGUAUCCCUUGAUGACCGCGCAACGCCUGGCGCUGAGAACAUGGCGUCAUCGAAGUCAGGAGAUGCCCAGUUGAGGGAGGCAAAGAGCAGUCCAAACUUGGGAGGGAUGGUAGACAACUUGUCGAACAGCAUGGCUGCCAUGAUAUCCGGCGGAACGGCGACACCUGCACAGGACACGCCUACGAGGGCAAAUCACAGGACUCCCACAGCGCCGCAGGAGACUUACGACGAGCUGCCAGAAACGUCUGGCGCUUCGUCGCUGCCUGCAGCCGGAUCAGCGACCGAGUUGAGCAUGAGAAAAAUGAUGCAGGACCAAGAAGAUGAGGGUGAUCCACUCGGCGUCACUGCUCAUGUGCCACAGGCGCUUCCCAGGAGUGAGAUCAACAUGGCGGUCUUCGCGUCGCAGAACGCGUUCUCGGAUCGGUAGUAGAUUAUCAUGGUAAUGUACUUGGUAGUCAAUGUGACUCCUAUGCUUGCACGUCGCUUCCAUGUCUCAAUAGAUUGCUA